AUGGCGUCGAAUUUCCAGAACGAGCGUCCCUCGGACGACCGCUCACUAACCCCCAUCACAGGUGUACCACCUGCCAAAGAGAAACCACCACCAGAUCCCAAUAUGAACAACCCACGUCUACUGCUCAACCGCGCUUGUAUCUAUGAGCGCCAGCUUCCUGCAGAUGCCUAUGUUACAGCCCAUGUCGAGCGUCUGCAGCAUGGCUACUACUCCAACCCGGCAGUCUCCGACCAGGAUUCUGCCCAUGUGGAUUUCUUGGCUAUUGCAUUCACCUUCCAUUCACCUAACACACUCUCGCAUCGCUUCAAGUCUGCCAAAAUUCGUGUUUCGGUUCGCGGCAGUCGCGAGUACUCGAAUUCUCAUCACCACCCUUAUGGGCACCCGCCUGGAAACCCGCGGUUUCUCAUGCACGCACCUCAUCUGAUCUACGGCACUGUCUCUCCUGAGACUAUGGAGUGGACUUUUAGUCUGGCUGGGUCUCUUGGGGUUUCGGAAAUGCCCGUAAGCGCUAGCGUUAUUCCCUCGGGCAGUAUCAACAGUCGAUAUCGGCGCUAUGAGAUGAUGCGUAUCCAAGGCUCCGCACGGACAUUGAAGAGUGAUCGAGGUCCCAGCUUUGAUAUUGAAGCUGGGGAGAUUGUCUGGUCCUUGGAGGAAAAUGAUCUUCAGCGAUCCGGUCUCCCUCGCGAAUUCACCUUUGUCAUGUUAAUUCACAAGCCUGCUGCCGACAGCAGGGUCUCCUUGUCUAUGGAUAUUGAACCGGUCAUCGCUGCGAAGAUGGGCAGUUAUCCAUCUCCGGUGCUGAAAUUGCCUGCAUUUCAACCUCUGCCGCGUCGAAGUAUUGAUUUUCGUCAGAACAUUGGACAGCGAUUUGAGCCAUCAGGGCCACGUGGUUACAAUUUUGCAGAACUGGCAAGUAUGUUUGAUGAAUACAUUGCCAUGCCAGGAAGGAAGUUCAGUCGCCAGAUGCAAAUCCCACCUGAACCCCCAUUUCCUGAUAAUCAUUUCCAAGGUACUUAUCCAGGCCAGUACGGCGCGUUGAAUCCAUAUCAGCAACAACUACAAAGCCAGAACAUGGCUCUCACCAACAACGGCAUCAAUCUGCAGAACAAUCUCCUCCAGACAACACUCAAAAACCUGUGGAGAGACCGUAGCCAAGACCAGAAUGAUGACCAACCCAAAUUCCAACCUCAACCCCAACCUCAACCCCAGCCUCAGCCUCAACCACCCGGAAUAAAUGUUCCAAACAUGGACCACGAAAACUCAAUGACCCUCAAUCUCCACCUCCACAUCGACAACGCCACCGCAUCACAAUUCUCCCACCUCGCCCGAGCAAAAAGCCCACUACAAACCCGCGGGCCCGGUCUACGCCGCUCCCAGGCUCGCGAAUUCCCCCGCGAUCCAGGACAGAACCCCGACUCUAUGGCUGAACCGAGCGAUCGACCACGUGGUCUCUCGCUAGAAGAGAUCCAGGAAGACGAGGCUGAUGAAAAUGAGCGGCGCAUUGCCAGAUUACAGCGUGUGGGGGCAUCGAGGGAACCGACCACUUCAGAUGGGGAGGGCGAAUCUCGCCAUCCGAGUCGUUUUGACUAUGCGCGUGCCCGUAGGGGCAUUAUGAGUAUGGCUAAUUCUCCGCUUUCUGCUUCGUUGUUGUCGGCUUUGAGUGAGGGGUGA